AUGUUUCCAAGAGACCUAAUUUCUGGAUUCUUCCUCCUGUUAGAAAUUUUCAUUGGAUUCAUGGGAAACUUGCUUCUCUUCAUACUAUACAUGUACAUCUUCUUAACUCAUCCUCGUCAGAAGAAGCCCAUAGAUAUGAUCUUCACACAUCUAAUGCUUGUCAAUGUUUUGAGCAUUGUGUUCAGGUUGAUACCAGAUGUCAUGGCAUCCUUUGCAGUCAGGCUCCUUUUCCAUGAUGUUGUGUGUAAGGCAGUUUUGUAUGCAUACAGUGUUACUAGGGGCCUUUCCAUUUGCACUACUUCUCUACUGAGUGCAUUUCAAGCCAUCACUAUCAGUUCUAACCAUUCCAAGUGGACAUGGUUUAACUCCAAGCUCGAGUCAUGCAUUUUUCCAUCCCUCAUCAUCAUCUGGAUCAUCAACACAUUUCUUUAUCUUCCAAUGGUUGAAAAUGUAAAGGAACAACUCAACCUCACUGUUGUGGUUUCUAGGUAUUCCCAGAUAUACUGCCAAAGUAGCCAGGUUCGCUAUCACUCCACCAUGUCACUUGUAACUGCACUAAUGAUUAGAGACAUUCUGUUUGUGUUUCUCAUGAUGUGGUCCAGCCUUUACAUGGUGAGCCUCCUCUUCAGACACAGUAGGAGAACACAGCAUAUCCACAAUUUCAGUGUGUCUCUCCAUGCAUCUUCUGAAAAGAGAGCCACUCACAGCAUCCUUCUGCUUGUGGGUUUCUUUGUGUUUUUCUAUUGUUCAAAUACCUUUGUCAGUUUCUAUUUGUUAUAUAGACCUAAGAACAACCCAGUAUUGGAUGUAAUUACUAGAGUUUUAUCUUCAGGCUACCCAACCAUCUGUCCUUAUGUUAUGAUGAACAAUAGAAAAAUUAUUUCCGAAUUCAUUUCUUCCCUAUCAAACUCUGAAUGUUUCUUUUCUACAAGAGGAUGCUAUGUCUAA